AAGUGCGAGCGACCCACGUCCACACGACACGAACCACCACCACCAACCAGCAGCCGCACCACGCACCCAGCGCAAAGCGAUGGCGUCGCUCACCAUGAUGGCGUCCUUCGCCGCCGUGGCGGUGGCCGCGCCCUCGCGCCGCGGCACCUUCGCCGUGGUCAGGUCCGCCAAGGUCGACCGCUGCCAGGAGCCCGCCACGCUAGCAGCAACCGAGGCCAGGCCCGCCGCCGACGGACGCCGCGCCGUCAUGCUCGCGGCUGCUGCGGCGGCCGUGGCAGCCAUCGGCGGCGCCGGCGCCGCCAUGGCGGGCCCCAAGAACGGGACCCCCGAGGCGAAGAAGAAGUACGCGGCCAUCUGCGUCACCAUGCCCACCGCCAAGGUCUGCCACAACUGAGCACGCCCGCGUUGCAUGCAGCUGCAGGGCCGGGGGGUGGUAUAUAAUUAAUGUACGUGCCACGGUGUUGUUGUCCCUAUUGUUGGUUCGAGCUUUAGAUGCAUGCCUGACGUGAGGCCGCUUAAUUGCUUUCUGACGGCCUCGGAGCUGUAAGAAUAUCAAGUGCACUGCAAAACUGAAUUCGGUUGAAA